AGUGAAUAUACAAAACAUACUUCUGGAAAUAACUUGAUUUCACCAGAUGCGGAUUACAGAGCUGGUUCUUCAUUUGAACUCUCGCCAUCGGAUAGUUCUGAUGGAACAUACAUGUGGGAUGAAGAGGGCUUGGAACCCAUUGGAAAUGUGCAUCCAGUUGGCAGCUAUGAGUCUUCUGAAAUGAACAGCAUAGAUAUUCUGAAUAAUCUUGAAUCAUGUGACCUUGAGGAUGAUGACCUUAUGCUUGAUGUGGAUCUGCCUGAGGAUGCACCUCUUGAAAAUGUGGAGUGUGACAAUAUGAACCGCUUUGACCGAUCAGACAGAAAUGUUCGGCAGUCUCAAGAAGGAUUUUGGAAAAGGCCACCUCAGAGGUGGGUUGGACAAGAACAUUACCAUCUCAGCCAUCCUGACCACUAUCAUCACCAUGGGAAAAGUGACCUGAGCAGAGGCUCUCCUUAUAGAGAAUCUCCUUUGGGUCAUUUUGAAAGCUAUGGAGGGACCCCCUUUUUUCAGUCCCAGAAGAUGUUUGUAGAUGUGCCAGAAAAUACAGUGAUACUGGAUGAGAUGACCCUUCGGCACAUGGUCCAAGACUGUACGGCUGUGAAAACUCAAUUACUGAAACUGAAGCGUCUGCUGCAUCAGCAUGAUGGAAGUGGCUCAGUGCAUGAUAUUCAACUCUCAUUGCCAUCCAGUCCUGAGCCAGAAGAUGGAGAUCAGAUAUAUAAGAAUGAAGAUUUAUUAAAUGAAAUAAAACAACUUAAAGAAGAAAUAAAGAAAAAAGAUGAAAAAAUUCAACUAUUAGAACAUCAGCUUGCAACUCGUUGUAACUGUCACCAGAACUCUAAAGGCGAAAAAUGUACAUAUGCUGAUAAGUACACCCAAACACCCUGGAGAAGAACUCCUCCUCAAGUACUACAGCCUUCCAGCAGCCUUCCCAGACCCACAGACCACGCCCAGGGAAAACUAACAAGGCCACAACGUAUCGAGGCCCACAGUGAAUGUGCAGGCCAGGGUGUGCAUCAAGGUGCUGCACAUCCCGAUGGAAGCUUUCCAUGUGGCUUACAAGAAAACAACUAUGAUAUGGAAGACCGGCCUGUUUCCUUAAGCCCACACGUCAGGAUGGAUGUGGCAAAAAGUAUAUCUGACUCAAAUUUGACCAUGACCGUGAGUGCUGAAGAGCCUUCUCAUUUGGCAAAGAAUCAAAUAAUUGGUGAGAUGCAGUUUAGACCCACUUCUCUUCCCACACCUCGCCAGACGAGUACAGCAGAGCAGGCUAAGAAAGUUGGAAGAGAUCCGUCUCCACUGGUUGGCUACUUGUCUCAGCCCAAGUCCUCACAUCUUCUAAAGCCACCCGUCUUGAGUUCUUCGGCACCUCCUCCAGACAAUGAAUCAUCUGCAAGUAGGACUCUCGGUUGUAAUAAGCCACCCAUCAUCACAGCUCAUUCAGCAAAGCUUCAGCCCACAUCUAGUCAAACAAAUCUUGCAAAUAAUCCGAAUCUGAAAGCAUCUAAGCUCCGCCCUCCUUCCAGCUCUUUCAGACAGAAACAAAUAAGCAGCCCCCGCCUCGAGCCUCAAAGCUUGCAGGCCAAGACCAGCAUCCCCAGGCCACUGGCAAGGCACAAAGAAAUCAUGCCGAAUCCAAGUGGCAGUUUGCAUUCUGGGGAUCCUUCGGCCUCUAAUCGAUAUUCUCGUCUUCCUAAACCAAAGAUACAUUAAGCACAUAGCCAAUGUCUGCCAGUUUGUGUUUUUAACAGCAGUCUGUUCUGUAAUAGCUUUAUGUGCUGUGUGCCACCACGUUGGAGGUUCCGUUGAAAGCUUGCGAAAACCUUAAAAUUAAAAUGUGGAAGCUUCUACUCCUUUGGCUGAUCCAUUUUAUAUCUUGGUUCAAGUAGUACCAUUCGAGCACACUUGUCUCAGGUCUGCCUGCCCAUCUCAGAGGGCCACUGUAACAUCUGCCUGUGCUGUCCACUCUUAGCAGGCAAGACACGUGCUUUGCUGACUUAGUCCUGUCUCCGUAUUGACUGGUUAUCAGAACCCCGCCUCAGUCCACGAUGGCUACUAUUUUAGCUUACAGCAUGGUGAUAAUGGAAGAUGAUAGUCUGUAAGCAGAGUUAUGGCCAGUGUUUUGUAUAUUUGAAAGGUCUAUGCAAAAGCUUUGUGAUGAAUAAAGAUCCGGCUUUUAAUGGGAACUUGAUGUCAGCUUUAUUUCUUCUUACCUAGGAUCAGCAAGCUAGUCUUAACUGUUUAUUCAUUUACCAGACAAAUUCCCUAGGCUGACAAUGUUCAAUAGUAUAUAUGUAUAAACUGCUGGUCUGUCAGGUUGACAUCUUGUUUUUGUCACAUACAUAUGCCAUUUGUGCUUGUACUGUGUACAUAUUUGGAGAGUUUGAGAUACACCUUGAAACCUAUGCCGAAGGUGUAUCCGCUUGUAUCCUGUGUUGGUGCUAGAGUUUUGCUGGCUGUUCAGGUUUGAAACCUAGUCUAGGCCUAUGGAUCUAUCAUAGCUGUUUCAAGGUUCCACAGCAUCUAUAUUAAAUUAAGUCACUAUUGUAAUAUUUAUAUUUAUUGACUUUCUGCUAAUAUCCGAAUAAUGGACUGGAAUAAUGGACUUGAAAUAUUUGCACAAAAUUCUGAUGGGCUAGAAGUUCCCCCCAUAUAUAGGACUUCCAGCUUAUUAUUUUCUAUAGAAAAAGAAGUUAAAAUAUUUUGACAAAAAAGAUAAAGUGAAGUAAAACUAUUGAGAAAGUUAGAAUUCAUAAGAGCUUUGCUUUUCUCAAUUUCCUAGGUUGCCCUUUUCUGUUGGUGUAUGUUUAAGUGACAGUUUCUUGAAAAGUAGAUUUGGCAAAAAUUGUAUACGGGAAAUUGUGUUUCAUUAAGAAGUUUUAAAAACUGGACGCUGGUGGCUCAUGUCUAUAAUCCUAGCUGCUCAGGAGGCUGAGAUCUGAU